AUGAGCGACCAGAACGUCAUCAAGGAGGGCUGGGUCCAGAAACGAGGAGAGUACAUAAAAAACUGGCGACCGAGGUAUUUUCUGCUGAAGACGGACGGUUCUUUCAUCGGAUACAAAGAUAAACCGCAGGACUCGGACCUGGCCUAUCCACUCAACAACUUCUCUGUAGCAAAAUGUCAGCUGAUGAAGACGGAGCGACCCAAACCCAACACGUUUAUCAUCCGCUGUCUGCAGUGGACCACGGUCAUCGAGAGGACUUUCCACGUGGACACUCCGGACGAGAGGGACGAGUGGGCGGAGGCGAUCACGAUGGUGGCCGAGUCUUUGGCGAAACAGGAGGAAGAGGGAAUCCUGUGCAGCCCGUCGUCACAGAUCGAAAACGUCAACGAGGAGGAGAUGGACACGACCAUCAGCCACUACAAGAGGAAGACAAUGAACGACUUUGACUAUCUGAAGCUGCUGGGGAAAGGCACGUUUGGGAAAGUGAUCCUGGUGCGAGAGAAGGCCAGCGGGACGUACUACGCUAUGAAAAUACUCAAGAAGGAGGUCAUCAUCGCCAAGUAG